AUGUCUAAAUUAGUUCCUUUGCCGGCUUCAUUGCCUGGUGUUCUUAAGAGCUACUUACCUAAUUCUGAGAAUGAUACCAAUAAUUUACCAUUUGUGACAUUGACAUAUGCUACUUCGUUAGACUCGCGGAUUUCAGCAGCUCCUGGUAUGCAAACCAUUAUUUCGCAUCCAGAAACGAAAACCAUGACACAUUAUUUACGAUAUCAUCAUGAUGCAAUUCUUGUUGGUGUGGGAACAGUUUUAGCUGAUGAUCCAGGACUCAAUUGUCGUUGGACUCCAAAAGAGGGGGACCCCAUUCACUUAAUUCAACCGAUUGUGGUGGAUCCUGGAUUUAAGUGGGAUCCACGUGGAUCUCGUCUUUUACGGACUGCAAAAGAAGGCAUGGGACUUGGGCCGUAUGUUGUUGUUCGUUCGGAUGCAUUAGGGAAGAGUGAUCAGAGCAGUAUUAGUAGCAUUGAUAGCAAGUUGAGCGAUACAUUAAGUUCUGAGGUUGUGGCCAAAAUCGAGGCUCUUAAGGAAGUUGGAGGCAAAGUGAUUGUGAUUCCAAGUACAAGUCAAGCAACUGGACCUAUUCCCUGGAGUGAGAUCUUUGCACAGUUGUAUGGAGAAAAUACGUCCAAUGGCCACCCUAUUCAGUCGAUAAUGGUAGAAGGAGGAGCAACCGUGAUUAACAGUUUGUUGGAUGAGACUGCAGCUCGAGUGGAAACUCAUGGCCCACCACCGCUUGUUUCGUCAGUUGUUGUGACAGUUGGACCUGUUUUUUUCGGCAGCCGUGGGGUAUCUGUGAGUCCCGUGACAUCACAGCCUCGUCUCAGUCAUGUUCGUUGGUGGACUGGAUCACGUGAUGCAGUUGUAUGUGGCCGUCUUGGGUGA